AUGUCGACACAAUCGCAAUCUAAUUCAGAGGGCGAUUUCAACUCUUCGUCCUCCUCCCCAUUUCCCAGUUCGAACGAGUCCGCCGUUGGACCCGACACGCCCGCCGUCGAGUCCUCAUCGGACGCGCCGAGCGGUCCCGUAACCACAGUCAGCGAGACCACCCCGCCCGUCAGUUUGAGCCACUCCGACGUAGUCUCACAAAACGCGCAAAAUCUGGAUAGGACCGACGCCGACACCGACGAACCGCCUAAAAAGAAGCUGAAAAUUACGGCAUGCAAUGGGCGGGAGGCGCUGCAGCGUGUUCGGAUGGGCGGGUCCACCGCUUCGGGUUCGCGUUUGAGUCGAAGCGGAAAAUCGAAUACAAGUGCGAGACGCGUCAAAAAGGAGGAUGGCGAUGAUAAUGGAGAUAAGAAGAAGGGCGGGGAGAAAGUCGUUAAGGAGGGCGUUACCGACGCGUCGGGACGCGUCGCUAAACCGCGUAGGAGGAUGGGCAAGUUGGCGGGUUUGGUGGAUUUGCCCUUGGACGUUAUCUACGAGAUAUUCAGCCACCUGACGCCCCAAGACCUCCUCCACCUCUCGCGAACGACGAAAGAUAUCCGACGGAGGAUCCUUUCUAAGAACGCGGUUGGUGUAUGGAAACGUGUACUUGAAGUGCAGGAAGAGGAGAAUGAGGUCCCGCCGUGUCCUGGUGAUAUGUCUCCGCCGGCCUGGGCUUCAUUGGUAUACGAAGCGUAUUGUCAUAACUGUAAGACGAAGAACGUUCGAAGUGUGGAGUGGAUGCUGAGGACGAGGUUAUGCGAUAAAUGCGCCAAGGUUUUACUCAUGAACGAGGACCAACUAGACCUUGAGAAGAAGAUCGACAAACUGAUCAGAGUCUGUGUUCCUUUCCAAUUCCGCAAAAUGGGAAAAUGGUGCCUCAUCUCUGCAAAGAAUGCGUUUGUGAAAGAGCUGGAAGCGAUGGAAGGAGACAGGGACGCGUUCGUGGAGCAGCGAAAGCAGGAGGUGAAGGAAUUGCGCAAGCACGCCAGCCUCUGCGCUCGGUGGACAGCGAAACAAGAGAAAAUACGACGAGUCGAGCUUAACAAGGUGCACCUAGACCGGAAAGACUUUAUCAUGGAAAAGCUGAAGGAACUAGGCUUCGAACAAGAGUUCGAGUUUCUGUUCGCAUUGGAAAAUAUGACGCCGGGGAAGCUUGCUGCCCCAAUUCCACAUUCGGUCUUGAGGUUCAACUGGCAUCCUGAAAUCAAGAUUUCGAAACCUCUCAGUGAACGAGUCUGGAACAACCGGGUGAAAGCUGUCAUGGUCAAGUACAUGGAGGGAAUUCGGCCCCACCGUGAGGCCAACGACCGAAGCCUCCAAAAAGCCGAACGACGCCGCCAGUUCGCAGAGAAAUGGCUCCAAUGGAGGACUUCGCCUGAAAUUGUCAAAAGGUAUCGCCCUGGUGUCAGUCUAUCACCAAGCAUCGCAGACGUCUUGGAGAUGUCGUGUGUGGAGGAGGUAAUCGACUGGACCCCCCCUACCGAGGAGGAGAAAGAGGAAUGGGAUGGCCCGUUCAGGUCCAUUGCAGAUACCUUUUACAGCAAUUGGAGACCCAGCGAGGACCCUCUGCCGACUUUUUUCGAGGACAAGAACAAGCUUCAAGCACUCCGCUCCAGUAUUGGUUCUUGGCAACUUGGACUCGUCACGAAGUUCCUCGAAAUAAGUCCAUUCGAUGACCUGUUCGGAUUGUACAGAAUGAAUAUCGACACCCAGGUCCACUGCAUCUCGCUCGCCAUCUGCGUCUUCGAGUGCAAACACACCUAUAGCGACCGACACUUCUACUUUGCGCAUGCUCAUGACCCGGAUCUGCGAAUGGAGCAGUUUUACUCUGACAAGAAGAACCGCCAUACGUGUCUUUGGUUCCCCGAUAUCCUCGAGCAUGGGUGUGCCCGGUUCGGAAAACAGACAUACGACGAGAAGAAGGUUCGGUGGGAUGAGCAUCUCUUUACUCCCCAUAUCUUUUCUGGGCCGGACCUUACGCCCUCUCAACAACCGACGGGGUAUGCGGUUCAUGAACGCAGGAAACUGAAGAGGACUCCGUUCAACCUAGAGUCGAUGAUGUUUAGCAAAGCGGCAUCGAUGGUGGUGAAGAAUAUUUUGACGGCUUGUGGGUUCCAUUGGGCUGAUACCACGACGUCGAUGAUGGACAAGGAGAAUCCGAGGGUGGUAUGCUUGAAGUGUUCGUUUGGGAAUAGAUGCGAUGGGGAGAGGAGCUUCAAAGUGUAUACUUGGAGGAACGCGGUCAAUCACGCGUUAGCUGCGCAUUUGGACCCUCGUUCCGUGCAGUGGGAGCGCAUCUCGGAUGAAGAUGAGAAAACUGUCAAGCGUAGGGAGUGGUUGGAGCACCUUAUCAGGGAUGUUGAGGUUCCCUCCAGGCGGGACGUCAAGUGCCUUUUGUGUUGGGGAGGAAAGGACGAGCAUGGUCUUAUGACUGAGGAUGAGAUGAAGGAGCAUUUGAAAACAAUCCACGGGAAAACGGAUGAACAGGUCAAUGCGGCAGAAGCUAAAGGAACUCUCUGGUUCGAGGAGCAGAAUAUCCCACCUCAGCAGCCGCGUUUCGUGAUCACACACAAGCCGAGGGCCAUACCGGAGGGACCACAAGUGCCAAAGACGAAGCAAACCUUUACUCGGGGGAAGGAUUGGAUUUGUUGA